GUUACAGGAUAGUACACAACAAAGCCGAGGGCCGAGAGACGAAGCGCGAGCCGCAGCACGGGCACCGGAGGAUCAGCACGAGCGCACCGGACCGGUUUAAUGUGAAUCUACAGAGAGAGAGAGAGAGAGAGAGAGAGAGUUCAUCUACAGGGACAGAGCAUCCGAGUGAGAGGAGUCUGGGAUCAACACACACACACACACUCUCACUGCUGUAAACAUGUCGUCUCCGAGUCCGGGGAAGAGGAGAAUGGACACAGACGUGGUGAAGCUCAUCGAGAGUAAACACGAAGUCACGAUUCUCAGCGGACUUAAUGAAUUUGUAGUGAAGUUUUACGGACCACAAGGAACACCGUAUGAGGGAGGUGUAUGGAAGGUGCGAGUAGAUCUUCCAGAUAAAUACCCCUUCAAAUCCCCAUCUAUAGGAUUCAUGAACAAGAUCUUUCAUCCAAACAUCGAUGAAGCAUCUGGGACUGUGUGCUUAGACGUGAUAAAUCAGACAUGGACUGCUCUGUACGACCUCACCAAUAUAUUUGAGUCAUUUUUGCCCCAGCUGCUUGCGUACCCCAACCCCAUCGACCCCCUAAACGGAGACGCUGCAGCCAUGUACUUACACCGGCCAGAGGAGUACAAGCAGAAAAUCAAAGAAUACAUUCAGAAAUAUGCAACAGAGGAGGCUCUGAAGGAGCAGGAGGAGGGAGCGGGCGACUCUUCAUCAGAAAGCUCCAUGUCGGAUUUCUCAGAAGACGAGGCACAGGACAUGGAGUUGUAGUGAACAUGCACCUCUUCUUUAUUCCAGAGACUAUAAUUUCCUAAACAUGAGACGCAGACUAUAAAACUCAUAUUUAAACAAGACAAUUUUUAUAUUAUUAUUAUUAUUAUUAUUAUAAUAAUUAUUAUUAUUAUAAUUAUUAUUAUUAUUAUUAUUAUUAUUAAAUUCAGAAUUUUUAUGGCUAUACCAUUGAUAAGGAUGACCCUCUUUGUGACAUCCCCACCCCUCAAAACACACACACACACACACACACACACACACACACACACACACACCUUGGCCACCUUUCCCCUGCAGCUCUGUAGUUUCAGUACACUCACUUAAGCAGGUCUGUAGACUGGAGGUCAGUUACUGCUGAUGGGAUGUCUUUCUCUCUCACACACACACACACACACACACACACACACAAUAGAUAAAAAAUAGCUUAUUUUGGCAGAACAGCAGCCGUGGGUGUAGGGGUGGGGGGUGGGGGGAGUGUAGACUCUUUUUACUGUUUAGCAGCACAAUCUGACCCGGAGCACCACGACGGCGAGAGCGCGGACCUGACGGGACACAACAUUCAACAUAACAAAUAAAUAUAGAUAUAAAUAUAAAUAUAUAUAGAGAGAGAGAGGUGUGUGUGGGAGAGCUGCAUCCAUAUCCGUCUGAGGUUAGACAUCAGAUAAUCACCAAGUAGGUGUCUAAAUCACACACACACACACACACACCAUCAGCAGUCCAAUCUCAGAAGCAGUGUCUUCACUAGGUCACUUUGGUUGGACUUUUUUCUUUUUGUUGGAGUUUUUCCUUUACUUGUUGCUCAGCCUGCUCUUUGUUGUUGUUUUUGUUUUUUGAUUUCAGCCAUUAAAGAGACGAUUGCACAUCGAA